AUGGCGAUGCCAGUAUCCGCCAAGAUUAGGAGUUCACAGGGUUGUUGGACGUGUCGUCUGCGCCGGAAGAAAUGUGACGAGCAGAAACCAACUUGUUCAGUCUGUAGCACGCUGGAGAUAACAUGUCUGUACAGCGAUAAGAAACCAGAUUGGAUGGAUGGAGGGCAACGUGAAAAGGGGAUGGCCGAUCAACUCAAGGCAAUGGUCAAGGCUAAAGCCCAUGAGCGGCGCGACAGAAAAUGGUCCUCAGAGAUCCCUGCUAAGGAACCAGAAAAGGCCCAGAACACCCCUUCCGAGAAUAAUGAGGUUCUUUUGCAACAGAUGGCCAAUCAUACUCUGGAGGCAAGCACUGAGCACGAAAAUAACGACACCAGUGGCAGUUCGUCCUAUACGCCUGGAACGAGUGUCACUGGAGAUUCCCCGAACGCAGAUCCUACGACGGGAAGCUACGUGGCAAAUAUACCGCCAUUCGAGCCAGUCUUGGUUGAAACAUCAACUAAUACGCACAUUGGCCAAUUCCUGACGCCAUACCACACCAAACAUUACCCAGAUAUUGAAUCUGAGAGGGAAUUAAGCUUUUCUAUGGUGUAUCUCGAUUAUGUUUUCCCCUAUAUAUCCCCAUUUUAUCGCCCACCAUUGCUUCAGGGUGGACGUGGGUGGCUUCUUGUUCUUCUUAUGAGAAACAAGCCACUAUUCCAUGCCGCCCUCUCAUUAGCGUCCUACUUUUUUUCCGUCAUGAUUAGCUCGUCGAUUUUGGGCCAUGAAUCUUGUCACCAGAACAACUGGAAUGAGUUGCUGAAACAGCAAGAACUCGCCAUUCAAUCGCUCCAAAGUUCAAUGCAGUGGUUGACGGGGCGUGGUGUUGCGAACUGCUUUCGUGAGGCAAUACACUGUCUGGAAGGCAUCAAUCAACUGUUGUUAUUUGAUGCCACGAUCGGCAAUACAAACAACUGGCAGAUGCAUCUCGAUGCCACAAACUCCAUAUUUGAGCAGAUUAUUGAACAUCAUGCGACUGACAGCACAAAGCCUUGGUACUCUAUCCUAGCAAGUAUGGACAAAAGAAGCAUAUCCAUCCAAUUUCCAAACGGUGAACACCCGUGGUCUAGUGAUCAGGCUUCCUUUCGCUUCUUGACCAUGAACCUGCUUUGGACAGAUGUCCUAGCAGCGACUGCUUUGGAAAGGCGUCCCCGGCUUGAGCGAUUCCACCAACAACUACUUGUGGGUGAUAAACCAGCACUCCAGGCAUUGGACUUCAUCGGCUGUCACAACUGGGUUAUGCUCAUUAUUGGCCAGAUUGCGGGAUUGCAUGCCUGGAAGAAGGAAAUGAAGAUAUUGGGGUCUUUAUCCAUGGUAGAACUUGUGAAAAAAGGUUCAUGCAUCGAGAGAAGACUCCAGGAGGGCAUCGCUGAACUGAAUAUGGUCCCAAUGGAUUUGCUGUAUGAUCCUUCGGCACGGGCUCCAGACCAGCCGUUCGCAGGAUCUGGUUUUGAGGCCAUCACAAAUGUUGGAAAGCUCCGGAGUGCAGCCGCACAAGCCUUUCACACAAAAAUAUGGGCCAAGGCGGCGCUCACUUAUGUUGCCGUUGUCGUUUCAGGAUUCCAGCCAGCGCUGCCGGAGAUACAGACAAACGUCUCCGAGACGAUGGAUCUCUUUCGCACGAUGCCUAGUUCUCUUUGCUUACGCACGCUAGUCUGGCCGUUUGCUGUGACUGGCUGCUUGUCCUUGGCUGGGCAGGAAAACUUUUUCCGUGACCUUGUCGGGAACAUGGGCGUGUUGCAAGUUUUUGGUACGGCCAAGGAGGCGCUCAAGAUCAUGGAAGCUAUCUGGCCACAUCGCCCUUGCAUAGACGCUGAUAUUUGGGAUAUUGCAACGUGUCUCAACUGUCUUGGACACGCCUCCCUGUUGAUAUAA